CUAUUGUUUAUUUUCUCUUUCCGCAAGUCGCGUGUUGUGGUGUGGACUGUGGCGUAAUAUUUCCAAAUUUUGUACACAAUGGCGAAAUCAAUCCGAAGCAAAUGGAAGCGCAAAUGCAGAGCCAUCAAACGCGAGCGGUAUGCCGUAAAAGAACUGGCCAGAUUGAAGAAGAUGCUGGGAAUAAAGGAGGAAGAUAAGAAGCCCGAAGAAAGUGAGGUUAUGGAGUCCGACCAAGUUAUUUUCUUAGACGCUGGUGAAAUUGCAAAGAAGAACGCUAAAAAGACUAAGAAGCAAAAGAUUAAGGAAGCAGAAGAGCAAGAGGACGUCGAAAUGAGCUCCGAUGACGAAAAAAUCGAAGUCGACGACGGUGACAAAGGCAAGAGAAUAUACAGCUCCAAAACGUUAAAAGAUCAAAACGGACAGUACCCCAUAUGGCUGCACAAGAGGAAAAUCGCGAAAAUGAAUAAGGUUACGAAAAAAGCCGCGAAGAAACGGUCAAAAAAGCGAAGGCGAUAGUGUUAAAGUAUCAUUACAAAUCUAUAGCAAAA